CCCCAGAGGUUGCCAUGGGGACGGGAUGCGGAUGGGCGGGAGGAGGAGGAGGGCGCUGAUUGGCUGGAGCCGCCCCCUCCUGGGGUUGCCAUAGCGACGGGAUGCGGACAGGGGGGAGGAGGAAGAGGAGGACGCGGCGUCUGCAGGCGGGAGGAGGAAGCCCUCCGCGGAUCCGCCCUCUCCAUGGCGUUUGCUCCUCCCAAAAUCCCGCCUGGCCCCGGCCUCCAGCUCAAGCUGAGCUCGUGGACUCCCCUCAACCACGCGCCCACCAACGACAAGGUAUUUGAAGAAAGAAGAGCCCUGCUCGGAAAAUGGUUUGACAAGUGGACGGACGGCCAGAGGAGGAGGAUCCUGGUGGACCUGCUGGAGCGCUGCUCGCUGUCCCAGCAGAAAUUCUGCUGCCGGCAGCUCCAGGCGCGCGUCCCCGCCGAGGCCGUGGAUUUCACCACGACGCUGCCGCGCGUCCUGACCUUGUACAUCUUCUCCUUCCUGGACCCGCGCAGCCUCUGUCGAUGCGCACAGGUGAGCUGGCACUGGAAGCACCUGUCGGAGCUGGACCGGCUGUGGAUGCCCAAGUGCCUGCGCUUGGGCUGGGUCAUCGCCUUCCGCCCCACGCCCCUGGAGCAGGGCGUGUGGAAGCAGCACUACGUGGAGACGGUGCGGGAGCUGCGCCUCACCACGCACAAGAUUCCUGCCAAGGACGAGUUCAUCGUGGUGGAUGUGCAGCCCGUAAAAAGUGACGACCCAGAGAGGAAACUUCCCGUGGCGGGACAGGGGAUGAGCAGGGCGAGAGCAGAGCCCCCUCCUUGGCGCUCAGCCGACAGGAACCCCACGGACACCGUCCGCUACAACUACCUGGACAACUGCGACCCCAUCGAGCAGGCCAGGCAGGCCCAGUUUUCCCUUCCUGCAGAUCCCGAGCCCAUCCCGAGGCCACCGCUCCGUCCCUGGGUGUCCCCCCAGCACCCCGGGGUGCCGCUCUCCAAGGCCGCCAUCGAGGCGCGGGCCCGGAGCUCCCUCUGGAACGCCGGGAUCCGGCCGGGACCCAUCCGAGCGCCGAAGCCGCGGCCGAGAGGACCCGGAGAUGUCACUGGGGCGGACACCGGGUCCCCAUCCUCUCCUCCGUUUGAGGCUCAGCCCUGGCGCAUUCCUUCAUCCGACCAAGGAUCCGACACGGAAUAAGGGAGGAUCCAGAGCGUCCCUCAUCCCAGCAGGACAGAAAUUUCUCCGCCUGGCACUGGGGAAACGACAGGAAAGCUCCUGCUGGGUUUGGGAUCUGAAAUGGAAUUGGGAAAGGAUUCUGGAAUUUUGACCACAGAGAUGCUUCCUUAGAUCCUUGCCAAGCUGCUGGACCUCAUGGGAUGCUGCCUGUGGAUCAUUUGGACAUCCUGGGAAAACCUGGAGACGGAAUUCCUUUCUCACGCUGAAGCAAUCCCAUCUUUCCCAUGGUGGCAGCGAGGGGGAAAUCAAAUCCGGCACUCUGGAUUUGCACGUGGAUCCACGAGGAGCUGGAAUUCAUUUAAGAGAUUGGGAAUCCCGCGUUCCCGCUCUCCCUGGUCUUUCCUGCAGUUUGGGAAAUUCCCAGAAAAUGUAACGAUGAGCAGUUUUGAGGAUAAGGGGAUUGAAAGCACGGCGAUUUGAAUUCAUCCCAGAGAGAUGGGGAAAAUCCAAACCUUUCCAAACACCGGGAAAAACCACGGCAAGCACACGGAUCCUCAGCAUUUACGGACCAAAGAAACAUUUCAGGGGAAAUUCCAACCACAGAACCAUUAAGGAUGGAAAGGAUCUUUUGGAUCACCAAAUCCCGUUUCCCUUAAAAGACGUCGGCGGUUUUCCCGACGCUCCCAAUUCUCCGUUGGGUGGAACGAAGAUUCCAUUCUUCCCACAAAGAAAUCCCUCCCGAUAUCCGACCCGAUCCUCCCCUGGUGGAAUUCGAGGCCGUUUCAGCGGGGAUUGGGAGGAAACUCCUGCUCUUGAUUGUGACGCUUCAGGGUUUCGCGGAUUUUGGUGACGCCACAGCAUCCCCUGGAUUGAGAGCACCCAAAUCAUGGAUUUGACAGCUCCUUAUCCCAGACUUUGGGGUUUUUCCUGGUUUUCCUGGUGAUUGGAAGGACGAGUUCAUCCCAACCAACAUGAAGGCCUAAAAUGUAAUAAAUCUGAGCUGCCGCCUCCCAAAAAACCAGCCAGGAACUCACAGGCGGGAAUUAUCUCCCGCGUCUUCAGAUCUGUUAAUCAUGCAGGAGAACAGACCGAUGGAUUUUGAUUAAUAAAGCAAAACGUUGAGAAUUUAGUGGAGCGAACCAAAGCAUUCACCAGCAUCAUUCCCUGGAAUUCCAAACCUCUCCUCUCCUCUCCAGCAUUUUUUUUUAAUGAAUAAACCAAAUUAAACUGAUCGCUCCAGGGGUGUUUCCUUGGCUUCCUAAAUCCAGGCUUUUUUUGGUUUCCAUCAGGCAGCGGUUGAGGGUUAGAUCCACGUUCCAAGCACGGAAAUUAUGUCAGAGGUUUAUCUUUUCCCAUCAAUAUUCCCUGGAAUUGUGCAAUUCCCAGGAUCUGAGAGCUCCUGGCUCCGUGCCUUUGCUGCAUCUUAAGUGCUCACUGCACAUUUUAAAGCUUAAACCUUCUCUAAUUUGUUUUUUUGGGUCUUUUUUUGGGUUUUUUGGUUGUUUUUUGUUUGGUUUAGUUUUUGGU